AUAAACAUAAUCCUAUUCAUACUAGCCAUAUCAUUCACCCUAAGCAUCCUACUGACCGCACUAAACUUCUGAUUAGCCCAAAUAAACCCCGACUCAGAAAAACUAUCCCCCUACGAAUGCGGAUUCGACCCCCUAGGAUCUGCCCGACUUCCAUUUUCAAUCCGAUUCUUCCUAGUAGCUAUCCUAUUCCUUCUAUUCGACCUAGAAAUCGCCCUAUUACUACCACUACCAUGAGCCACCCAACUUGAAUCCCCCAUCACCACCCUAAUCUGAACCUCCCUACUUAUUCUCCUCCUAACACUAGGACUCAUUUACGAAUGAAUCCAAGGAGGACUAGAAUGAGCAGAAUAA